AUGGAGAUCAACAAGAAUUGUAGUAGUGGCAUCAAUGGAUCUUCGGCAAUAGCCAAGUGGCGACGACGCUCCCUCAUACCAUCUUCGUGGGAGACCUCUGUUCGUCUUGUCAAUGUGAACGAGUCUGCGGCAGCCGGUAGCUCUCUGGCUCAGGCUUUCGCAACUGAUGCAAUGAGCCAGUAUCUCCUCGACGGUGACGAUAUGGCCGACUAUUCUGAUGAGCAGAAGUGGAAGUUGCACGUUGACUAUAUGACUUAUAUGGUUGCAGCGCAUUGCUACAAAGGCAUUGUGACAACUAUCGGGUCAGACUACGAAGCUGUAGCUCUUUGGCUCGCGCCUGGCCAACAGAUGGAUGACUGGUGGACUAGUAUUCGCAGUGGCAUGUGGAAAUUAAACUACCAGCUGUCAGCCGAGGGGCGAAGACGAUAUUACGAUGAGAUGCUGCCCGUUCUCGACCAAACUAAAGUGGAAGUCAUGGGCCAGCGAGACAAGGACUCCUACUAUCUUGUAUACAUUGGCACCAAGCCCAAUGCCCAAGGAAGGGGUUAUGCUGGAAAGCUGAUUCGCGACAUGGCCGAUGCCGAGAAGCGUCCUAUGUACCUCGAGUCCAGCGCUGAACGCAACAACGGCUAUUACGCCAAGUUCGGCUUCGAGGUCAAACGUGAAGUUGUCUUCGAGGGUAGUUCCGAGCCCAUCAAGAUGUGGAUCAUGGUUCGUGAGCCUCAGAUUCCUCGUCCAGCUUGCAGCUCUAUUGUCGUGUCUGCCGUUAGCAGCGCGGUCAAAUUCUAG